AGGGGAGAGACAGAUCAAAGAACCAGUGCAGCCCAAGUCCAGUGAGCACGACGCUGUGCUUCACAUGUGUCUGGUACAGUUCUGUUGUGACAGGAGGAUUGCUUCACCUAUUGGUACUACAGCUAAUCAACAUCAGCUGCAAUGUGACGGAGCGGGAGGCACAGCUGGCCCUGCAGAAGAAGGCGGGUCGCACCCAGCUGUGCGGCCUUGUCGUGGACACGGGGCUCUAUUCCCGUGGCUUCCAGAGCAACUGGCUCGAGUUCCUGACCAUGGACUCGCGUCCAGAUUCCCACCAAACAGAUGCCACCCACCUCGUGUAGCUGCGCAUAAGAUGUCAAGUUCAGCUAAACAGUCUUCUGCCAGUGGGCCGAGUGCAAGAGGUGUACGCGAAAGCAAAAUGGCCAAUCUCUUCAUCAGAGUUGCAUCUCGGAAGCAGGGCUCUAUGGCCCUGCUGUAUCUACACUGGUUUUCAGCCUCAACAGCCAUAAGAGUAGUCACUCCUGGGAAUGUGACCGUCCAAUCUGGAGCCAAAGCUACCUUAAGCUGUGAAAUGGAUGAGCAAGGAACAAUAGAGCAGGUGGAAUGGUCCAGGUGCAAACAGCCUCAGGUCCUGGUUUUCCACAGUAGUUUUGGGCUGAGUGUGGCACCGUUGUACCAGGGCCGCAUCACAGAUGUGACCGUUUCUGGGUUUACAAUUGGAAACACAACUGUAAAUGACAGUGGGGACUAUUGCUGCAUCCUCACUACCUUCCCCCAUGGGACCAUAGAGAAUCGGCUACACCUACUCAUCCGCCCACCUGACGUUUCAGACCAGAAAUCGGCCAUCUCCACGAUGACAGUGCCCAUUAUUAUCGGGGUUCUGUGUACUGCACUCCUGGUUGGGGUCAUUUUUGUCACAUUUCAUCGGAGGCGAAGAAGGCCUGUGCAGAAUCCAGUACAUGUGGUCAUCCAUUCUGAUCACUCUUUCUAUAAGAAGACAGCGGCCAGUCCCUCUUCAAGCCCAAAGGCCAGCCCCAGCCAGUCCUCUCACAAUGGCCAAGAAGAUGGCAAUCACAGUGAUGGUGAUGAUUACUUCAAUGUUACGAGCAAAUAGGGGAAGCACAUUCAAAAAUCUACUGCACACACACACACACACACAUACACACAUGGGGCGGGGGGAGAGAGACUUCUACCAUAUUUUUGUGGGGACCUCUCUUUCAUUUCUAUGGGAAAAUGUUAAUGCUAACUAUGACAACCUUAACCCCUAAUCAUGAACAUACUUUUUCCUUCCUUCCUUCACACACACACACUAAUUUAUGCCUACUCUCUUUUUAUUGAGGGUUUUGAAAUGCACUGUAUAAAGCAUACACACGUACAUUCGUGUACUCACAUACUUUGGCUAAAACAUUUCGUACAACAACAGUGUUUUGCUACUUUUUAAAAGGUUUCUGUUCUGUUUAUAAAAUAAAUUAAGUUUGUAAAAUAA